CACCUCUCCUUUCAGCCCGAGUGCUCCGGGCGCAGUGGCUGCCGGGCGCUUCCGUUGCCUGGUUACGGCGCUGCCCAUGGAGCGCAUCAGCCUGGACAGGGAUGCGCUCGCCGCCGUCGAUUCCUAUGUGGAGUAUCGGAGGAUUGUUGGUGAGGAUGAUGCGGGAACCCUUUUUACUCCAGAGGAAUAUGAGAGAUACAAGAAGGAAGUGUUGCCAAUACGAUUGCAGAAUCGAUUGUUUGUCAGCUGGACAUCACCCAAUGGCAUGGAUUGCAAAUUAGUUGGCCCAGAAACACUCUGUUUUUGCAGGCACAGAUAUAAACAGCACAAAACGGAUUUCAAAGAAAUUCCAACAAAACGUCCAAUUUUGCUGCCCUGUAGAGCACGUGGUUGCAGGUGUAUCUCUUACAAUUACGUGCCACUGAAUGGAACUCAACCAAUUCGUUGCAGGUGCAAACAUUAUGCAGACGACCAUGAUGAAUUGGCACCUAAUAAGUGCAAGAGGUGUGCAACUUGUGCUGGGUUUCACAGCCCCUUUACUUGUGGCUGUACUGAGCCAACAUACACUCAUGCAAUGAUUGUCGAGACCAAAGCAGAGCGUUUGGCAAGAGGACGAUCGGUGGGACCAGAUAUUCCCUAUGCUGCCAUGGGAGGUCUCACUGGAUUUAAUGCACUAGCAGAAGGAUAUAUGCGGCUUGACUCAAGUGGAAUAGGAGCACCAAGCAAUGCAAUUCUUGAUGCACCUUCGACUUCAAUGGACCACCCUUUUCUGAGAGCUUAUGCACCACAAGUAGAUGCAAUAAAUGCUGGCCAACCAACAGAUGAUGUUCAUGGUUUAAGUCGAUUUGCUCACCUUCCCACAGCUGAGGAACGGGAUAUGGCUUACUUUGAAAGUCAAUACCAAGAAAGGCUCAAAUUGGAAAGGGCUGCAAAGGGACAGAAAAAGAUUCCUGCAAUGAAAGGUGAAACUUCACGACCAGCCAAAGAACCUUCAAAAGGACCAAAAAAAGGAAAAUUCUAAGAACAUACGUUAUCAAUGUAUUAUUUUUGUUUCCCUUGUACAGUGGAUGCAUGAUUACUGUCCAUUUUUGGAAUAAACACUACACACUUGUGUUAUGUUAGUGCCAGACGUGAACUGUCCUAUCAUUUUUACCAUCCCAUGUACCUUUAAUAUUGUAAUCUUGUUUAAAAAAAUAAACAUUUCAACUACAAAAGUAAAAA